UCGUUUUUUAUCUAAAAGUUGUUUAUUCUAGAAUUUUUUAAAAAAUGAAGUGUUUAUGAAGGAAAAGGGAUCUAACUUUAGGGUUUAGGGAAUGGGUAGCUGCUGGUCACAUUUUACAAAAGCAAAAAGAGGGUUAAGCUGUCUGGGAUGCAAGGGCAGAGAGGAGUCUCCUAAGAUAAUUAAAAAACCCCUAAAGGUCAACAGACUUCCGGAAGAAGUUGGUUUGGAUCGAGUAAACAUUUCUCAUCAACUUAGUUCAUUUAAUAGUUUAGAUUGUGGUUCCUCAGAGCGAUUAAUCCUAACUGGAGGGUUUGAACAUAAAAUACCUAAAAUAUACUUCCAGGAUUUUGGCCAAGAAGAGGAAGAAGAUGUUCCACAAUUAACAGGGAUAAGAAAUCUUGGUGCAGAAUUCAGAAAAUCUACCAAACUUAUUUAUAACUACUUUUCUGAAUCUGAUUAUGAAAGUGAAUAUGAAAACGAACUGGAGGACAAGGUUGAAGAAUGGGAUUGUGAGAAUCAAAGAGUACAGUUCAAUUGUGCACCAAGCAAAGACUCCUUGGAUUUAGAAACUUACAGAACUCUAAGAAAAUUAUCCACCCUGCCUGAGAUGUGUGAAGAUAUUGAAGUAAACUCUCCUUCAUGUGAACAAAUAUGUUCGUAUGUCCCUCCGUUAAACCUUAGUGGUCCUGAGCCAUCAGACAUAGAUGAUAUUAAAUUUGAGCUGCCAAAUAAUCAUACAGGAACAGAUUUUUUUGUUUCAAAAUUUGAUAAAAUUAGAAAAUCAAUUACAGAUAAUUCUGUGCUGAAUUAA